AUGGGAGUGUCAUUCAAGGUUGCAAAGGCCGGAACAAGGUAUAGGCCAAAGCAGGGUCAGACUGAGGAGAAAGAAAUUGAAAAUGACUCACCAACUGAGUCUCAGCAGAGAGAAAAAGAGGGAGAUCUUGUUGGGGUAGGAGAUAAAGUUGCUGGUCAUUCAAAUGCAUUGGCCAAACGUCGAUCACUCUUAGUUUCAGAAGAUUUUGAGGUUUCAUUUUCACUUAAUUUGUUCCCAGACGGAUUUUCCAUUGGAAAAGCUAACGAGUCACUCAAUGUUGUUUCAAGGCAGUUACAUCCAUAUGACAGGGCGUCGGAGACACUUUUCUGUGCAGUUCUUGGUUAUUUUACAUUUGCAAAGGUGUUUGCCACAUCAAAUGCCUUGUGCAUCUCAACAGGUUGCUUGCAGGCAAUUGAAUGUGGUUGUCUACCUGGAGAUAUUUUUGAUGAUAUACCCUGCAAAUAUGUCAAUGGAGCUCUUAUAUGCGAGAUACGAGAUUAUAGAAAUAUUUUGUCUCAAAAGGGAAACACUGUUUCUUCUGCUGGGAAAUCUCCAAUCAUACAUAAAGUGGUCCUACAGAUGUGCAUGGAGAACAUUGUCAAGGAUGUCUCAUCAAUUUCAGAUGAUUCUUGGACGUACAAAGAUUUAUUGGAAGUUGAGGCCCGCAUUCUCAAGACCCUGCGACCUGAUCUUCAUUUGAAUCCAAAGCCAAUGCUGAACAGCUUCUGUGAAGAUCCUCUUACAAAAAAGCUGAAUCUGGGAAUAGCUUGGAACAGGAAAAAGAGAAAGCUAAGUAAUGAAUUAGCAACUGGCCUAGAGUUAUGUAACUCAUUCCCUGGAACCCACAUAUCGGAUGUGAAUAUCACCCAGAAUUCGCAGUGUCAACCUGAUCUACCAUCUCAAGAUAGAGGAGUUCCGUGUUCGCAACAUAUUGUCCAAAGUCCUAUCGUUACUUCACAGGAAAACAACAUUAUGAAUGGCACUAUUUCACAGUCCUCUGCUUCACAGUUCCAGUCAAACUAUCAAUUAGCAGUUGAUAGCCACCAAUCUGUUUCUAACUCUUUAACACCAUCAAGUUUUGUCUCUUCACCCAAACCAAAUUAUAAUAACUGUCUCAGUAACCUGAGAAAACCCAGUACGUUGACCCUUGGGGAGAGGGAAAAAUGUGGAAAGGUGGCUAAUCAAGAGCAUAUAAUUAAGAAACCGAAGCAAGAGCCACUGGACUUCUCUCAACAGCAACUUCCAGGGAGACUAGCUGAAACCACUCUUGACGCUGAGUUACAGAGGAAGAACAAACUAUUCAAACAUAGAAUUGAAGCUGAAAAAAGUUCACGUGAAAGAACUCAUGACAAUGCACAUCCCUCACUGUUAAUGAGUAGUGCUCAACAAGCACCCCUUGAAGGUAUCCCAAAGUUACAGCAUGGAAUGCUCACUUGUAGAUUGAAAAAAAAACCAACUGAAAGCAAUAGUUUCCCCAGUUUGGAUUCUCAGAACACCAAAAGUAAAUGUAAUAUAAUUGGCAUUAGAAACAAUCAAUCUAGUCUUCAGCAAUCACAGUUGUUGCGGUCAUCACCAGUGAUGAAAGCUGAUGGCCCUCCUACCCCGAUGCAGUGGAAUCACAUGGGCCAAUCUGUUGGCAAAAAUAUGACGAAUGUAAUUUUUAAUCAGAAGGGUAGAGCUUCACGGAAUUAUCAGGUUUUUACUGGCGUCGGAAAUGCAUCUGUUAGUUCUUGUUUUAAUGAUUCUUUGCCUAGAGAGGCAUCUGUAUCUACAAAGAGAAAAUCAAAUUAUCUCCCUAAGGGCUUGAGUAUGAACAGAGUUGAAUCUCCUGCAAACACCAGUAUUAUGAAUACUGCCAAUGCAAUUUGUCCGUCAGUGGAUUCUCCUAUGUGCCGGCCUUCAGGAAUUGUUGGCCCUGUCUCAAUCCUUGAGACUUCUGUGCCCGGGCCUUCAGUAAUUGGUGACCCAAUCCUUGACAGGGUUUCAAAAAUGAAAUUGGUGUCUCAGAGGUAUGGACUGAAUCAGAGGAAGUGUAAAUUCAGCCAAGUUUUGGAAAGGAAGCAGAUUUUCCACACAAAAUUGGUAGCCCUCCACCUCAUGCACUCCAGGGAUAAAGAAAACUCGAAAGAUUCUCACACAAAUAGAACAUCUUACUCUAGGACAUUGACAUUUGCACGAUCAUCUCAUGCUUCUCAAGGAAAUCAAAUUCCCAGUAGUGAGGAUCAGAACAAGCUGAUCCUGUUGGAGAAGCUUGAUGAGGGGAUGGUGGAAGCAAGUGCUAUCUAUGGACAUGAAAGGAAUGAUCCCCUUGAGUUGCCUCUUCUGCAAAUCUUUCCUGGCACUGUGAGUGCUCCAUAUGUGGUUAUCACAUUUUACAAGUUCCUUUUGCUUCCUCCUCAAUUUAAAUGA